AUGACCUCUACCCACCAAUCGAAUUCCAUCUUCAAAGAUAAGGAAAAGCCUCAAGAGGUCCGUAAAGCCAACAUACUUGCGGCAAGAGCCGUGGCAGACGCGAUUAGAACGUCGUUGGGCCCAAAGGGAAUGGAUAAGAUGAUCAAGACUGGUGACGGCAAAAUCAUCAUCUCUAAUGACGGACAUACAAUCCUCAAACAUAUGGCUGUGCUACAUCCUGCUGCAAAGAUGUUGGUGGACUUGUCUGCUGCUCAGGAUACCGAGGCUGGAGAUGGUACUACUUCGGUGGUCGUGAUCACUGGUGCCAUUUUGGGCGCUGCUGAGAAACUGUUGAACAAAGGUAUUCAUCCAAUGAUUAUUGCUGAGUCUUUUCAAAGAGCGGCUGCCCGUUCUGUGGAAAUUUUACUAGGCAUGUCGCACAAGAUCUCUUUGGAUGAUAGAGAACAACUCAUCAGGGCCGCUACUACCUCUUUGAGUUCCAAGAUUGUAUCACAACAUUCUCACAUUUUAGCACCUUUAGCUGUAGACUCGGUGCUGAAAGUGUCCAAUGAGUAUGCUAACAACGUAGAUUUGAAUGAUAUCAAGUUGUUUAAGAAAGUGGGAGGAACUAUUGAUGAUACCGAAGUGGUUAACGGACUUGUCAUAACUCAGAACGUUGUCAAAUCAGCAAACGGUCCAACAAGAAUGGAGAAGGCUAAGAUUGGAUUAAUUCAGUUCCAAUUAUCUCCACCAAAACCAGACAUGGAAAACAACGUGGUGGUUAACGAUUACAGACAAAUGGACAAGAUUUUGAAAGAGGAAAGAGCUUACCUGUUGAACAUCUGUAAGAAGAUCAAGAAGGCAAAGUGUAAUGUGCUAUUCGUACAAAAGUCUAUUCUACGGGAUGCUGUGAAUGACUUGGCCCUCCAUUUCCUUGCCAAGCUUAACAUUUUGUUGGUAAAAGACAUUGAGAGAGAUGAGAUGGAGUUCAUUUCGAAGAGUACAGGAGCUAAACCAAUUGCCGAUAUCGACUCCUUUAAUGAGACAAAACUUGGAUCUGCAGAUUUAGUUGAAGAAAUUGAAUCCUCGGGGUCGAGAAUCAUCAAGGUCUCCGGAAUAUCUUCUGCCACAAAGCCUACCGUCUCUAUUGUCUGUAGAGGUGCCAACGAGAUGGUGCUCGACGAGACUGAAAGAUCGUUACAUGAUGCUCUCUGUGUCAUUAGAUGUUUGGUUAAAGAGAAGGCAUUGAUUGCUGGUGGAGGAGCUCCAGAGAUUGAAGUAUCCAGAACCUUAUUAAAGGAAUCAAACAAGCUAUCAGGUAUGGAACAGUUCUGUUUCAAGGAGUUCGCCUUAGCUUUGGAAGUGAUUCCAACUACUCUUGCUGAAAAUGCAGGAUUGAAUCCUAUAGAGAUUGUCACUGAAUUGAUAAGCAAACACGAUGCAGGAGAAAAGAAUGCAGGGAUUAGCGUGAGACGUUCAGGAACAACCAACACAUUUGAUGAGCACGUUUUGCAACCUGUGUUGGUGAGCACGAGUGCCAUCACUUUAGCCAGUGAGACCGUCAAAUCUAUCCUAAGAAUUGAUGAUAUUGCCUUCAGUCGUUAG